AGAGAGGGUUAGGGCGCACGUCCAUCUAGUAAUUUACUGAAACCACCUCGCUCGCUCGCUCUCUCUCUUCCUCCCUCCCUCCCGACUAAAACGUACAUACACACUACUUUCUUAAUCUUGCUUCGAUGGCACGCCAAGUGUUUGAUGAAAGUCCCGUGAGACAUUCAUUUCCUUCUGGUUCUGACAGAUGCGUGCUUGGCCUCUGAUUCACAGCAAUUUAAUUCCCUUAAAACGACCAAAGAGGGACAUGGGUAAGUUCCAGGUUAUAUUCUUCUCGCUCAGAACGGCUGCCUAAUCGGACAUACUGGUGAUCUCCACAAGGGGCGCUGCUUUAUACCUGCGAGAGGGUAGGGAGGGUUUUCCUGUAAAAAAAAAAAAAAAAAAGGACAUGGGUAGCAUAUUAUUGCCUCGCAGUCCAUGUCCUUUCUUUGAGACUCGGGUUCUUCAUGGACUCAAACGAUCCCGCAUGAGUGUGCUUGGAAUUGAUACUUCAAACUCGAUUAGAGUAGUCUUAAUGGCGCAAUUUGAGGCUAGAACUUACCGUAGAAAACCACCAAAGAACCUUCGUUAUCCGCGGCGCACCAAGAUUCCUCCAGAAUUUGGUACUGACAGAUUUUGGAAGAAGCCGGAUCUCAGAAAUGAGACACCUGAUUCAGCUGAUGAAAAUCAUAUGCUUGAUAAUUAUGAUGAUGACAUUGAAACUGAUGAUGAUGAAGAAGAAAAAAAAGGUGGAGACAACAUUGCUUGGGAACCAGAUGAAAUUGAAGCAAUCUCAUCUCUUUUCAGGGGGAGAAUUCCUCAGAAACCCGGAAAACUGGGUAGGGAAAGGCCUUUGCCACUCCCACUUCCCCACAAAAUUCGGCCUUUAGGAUUCCCUUCACCUAAGAAACACCCGAGAAUGGCUUCUUCUACUUCAGUUUCUUCACGACAGUCUUUGUCUAAGCAAGUAUACAAGAACCCAAGUUUCUUAACUGAGUUAGCCAAAGAGAUUAAAAGCCUUCCUUCGGAGGAAUCUGUGUCUGUAGUUCUCAACAAGCGGUCUGGAUUGCUUCGGAAGGGAUCUCUGUCGUUAACAAUCCGUGAGUUGGGUCACAUGGGUCUUCCAAAGCGAGCUCUGCAGACUUUCUGUUGGGCUCAGAAACAACCCCACCUCUUCCCAGAUGACCGAAUUUUGGCUUCGACUGUUGAGGUGUUGGCAAGGACUCAUGAGUUAAAAAUGCCAUUCAACUUAAAGAAAUUCACUAGCUUGGCUAGCCAGAGUGUGAUUGAGGCUAUGGUGAGAGGGUUCAUUAAAGGGGGAAGCUUGGAACUUGCCUGGAAACUUCUGUUUGUUGUGAAGGAUGGUAAAAGAAUGUUAGAUUCCAGCAUCUAUGCUAAGCUAAUACUGGAAUUAGGAAAGAACCCAGAUAAGCAUUUGCAGGUAUUGACCCUAUUAGAAGAGCUUGGAGAAAGAGAUGACCUGAACUUAAAUCAGCAGGACUGUAGCGCUGUCAUGAAAGUUUGUGUAAGGCUUGGGAAAUUUGAAACUGUGGAGAGUCUUUUCAGUUGGUUCAAACAAUCGGGGCAUGAUCCAAGUGUAGUUAUGUACACUACUCUGAUUCACAGCCGUUGCUCUGAAAAGAAAUAUAGGGAGGCAUUGGCCGUGGUCUGGGAAAUGGAAAGUUCAAAUUGUCUCUUUGAUCUUCCCGCUUAUCGUGUGGUAAUAAAGCUUUUUGUUGCUUUGAAUGAUCUUUCUAGGACUAAAAGAUAUUUCUCAAAACUUAAGGAAGCAGGUUUCUCUCCUACUUAUGACAUUUACCGGGACUUGUUCACCAUAUACAUGGUUUCUGGAAGGGUGGCAAAAUGUAAAGAGGUUUGCAAGGAGGCAGAGUUGGCAGGUUUUGUGCUGGAUAAGCAAAUUAGGUCACAGUUGCUGCAACUUCAAAGAUGAACUAGCUGCGGCUAGGGUUCUUGAUUCCAUUGCUGCCAUCUGUUCAGAUUCUUCCAGUAUUCAACUUGAAAACAAUGCGACUAGGGGAACAUGAGAAGCGGAAUGGUUGUCUUCCCACUCACAAUCCUUCUUGGAGGUAAUAAUACUCUAUAUUUAUUGGUAUCAUUGUCCAUUUUUAUUCUAGAUGCCUACCCAACCAUCAAGGCAUUAGCGGAAUACAUCAGCCAGACAAGUUGAGCACCAUGCUGAAGAGAAAGAUAGUGUCAGAAAAAGGGCCAACUUGGUUGAAGUCCACCGGAUGAUUGAAAAAAUGCAGCAUAUAAAAAUACCUUAGAAUAGCAAGAGAAAGUGUUUGGUCACUCUAGUGUAGAAGCUGAGUACUGAUUCUUCAUGCUUCUCCUCUCUGACAUUUUAGAUUGAGAUGAUUACCUUCAAUAUCCAUGUGAUUUUUUGUCAUUGCUUGCCUGUACUUCUUUAUUAAUAUUAACAAUUAAAUUGAUCAUGUACAGUACAAACUUUAUUUGUAAAUUCUGAACAGGGGAAUGCUGAGUUGAAUUCACAGUUCCAGUUCUCUGUAGUAAA